AACUGCAGCUGCCCCGCAGCCAGCUCCACGGCCUUCCUGCGACGUCCGAGCAUGGGGGCCCCGCGCGUCCCCGAGCGGACCGUGCUGUUCCGGCGCGAGAGGAGCGGCCUGACCUACCGGGUGCCCGCGCUGCUGCCCGUGCCCCCCGCGCCCGCCCUGCUGGCCUUCGCGGAGCAGCGGCUCAGCCCCGACGACGCCCACGCCCACCGCCUGGUGCAGCGGAGCGGGACGCUGGCGGGGGGCUCCGUGCGGUGGGGCGCCGCGCGCGUGCUGGCGACGGCGGCCCUGGAGGAGCACCGCUCCAUGAACCCCUGCCCGGUGCACGACGCCCGCACCGCCACCGUCUUCCUCUUCUUCAUCGCGGUGCGGGGCCGCACGCCCGAGGCCGCGCAGAUCGCCGCGGGCAGGAACGCCGCUCGCCUCUGCUGCGUGACCAGCCGGGACGCGGGGCGCAGCUGGGGCGCCGCCAGGGACCUCACGGAGGAGGCGGUGGGCGGCGCCGAGCAGGACUGGGCCACGUUCGCUGUGGGCCCAGGCCAUGGCAUCCAGCUGCCCUCGGGCCGCCUGCUGGUGCCAGCCUACACGUACCGCGUGGACCGGCGGGAGUGCUUCGGCAGGAUCUGCAGGACCAGCCCCCACGCCUUCACCUUCUAUAGCGACGACCACGGACGCACCUGGCACCGCGGAGGCCUCGUGCCCAACCUCCGCUCGGGCGAGUGCCAGCUGGCCGUGGUGGACGGCGGGCAGGCCGGCAGCGUCCUCUACUGCAACGCCCGGAGCCCCCUGGGCAGCCGCGUGCAGGCGCUCAGUGCAGACGGGGGCACCUCCUUCCUGCCCGGGGAGCUCGUGCCCGCCCUGGCUGAGACCUCCCGGGGCUGCCAGGGCAGCGUCCUGGGCUUUCCUGCCCCUCUCUCCAGCGGGCCAAGGGGUGAGGGACGGUCAGCGGGUGCUAGAAACCACCCCCAGGCCCCACGCCUCUGUACCGGAGUCCAGGAGCCGUCAAAGGAGGGCACCAGAGACCCCCAAAGGGACCAGGGGCUCAGCAGGAUGGAGGGGUGCAGGGACGGCCCUGAGGAGCCUGGCCCAGGGCCUGGGCUCAGGGACCCCAGGAAGGCCCGGACCCCGAAGCUCCCAGGGCCCCCAGCCACCCUGUCUCAGAGCCCCACCUGGCUGCUGUAUUCCCACCCAACGGGGCGCAGGGCUCGGCUCCACAUGGGAAUCCGCCUGAGCCGCUCCCCCCUGGACCCCCACAGCUGGACGGAGCCCUGGGUGAUCUACGAGGGCCCCAGCGGCUACUCUGACCUGGCAUCCGUCGGGCGCACCCCCAAGGGAGCCCUGACCUUUGCUUGUCUGUAUGAGAGUGGGGCCAGGGUCUCCUACGAGGAGAUCUCCUUCUGCAUGUUCUCCCUUGCUGAGGUCCUGCAGAACGUGCGCGGGGGCCCCGAGCCGCGCCCCCCCGGGGACAAGCCCCCAGAGCGCUGCCGGCCUUCCUGAUGGGCGCUCGGGCCACACCCGCGGUGGGCGCCUGACGGUGCGCUCCAUAGCGCGGAAGGAGAGCGGGCAGACGUGUAGGAGAAGACAGAUCCCUAGUUGUAGUAGAAGAUUGUAGACACACGUCUCGGAACUUGACGGGCCAGACGGACGGUCAGUGAGGACACGGACUUGGCCACUUGACUAACAGACUUGACUUAACAGACAUGCGCGCACCCAGCAACCGCAGGAGGAACCGCGUGUUCACACGCACGCAGGUGUAGAAAUUGAUGCUACGUGGGAUCACGCAACCGAGUCUCUGCAAGACUUCAGAGGAUUGAAAAUUACAGUGAAAUAAAAACGAAAGGAAAUUAAAAACCUUCCUUGUGUCUGAAAAUUAAGAAACAUGAUUCCGAGUCACUCCUUGUUCAAAGAAGAAGCCGCAUGGCUUCUGAAAAUGAGAAAAUGAAAAUGAGAAAAGAUUUUGAAAUUAUGCGAACACUGCACACAGUCUGGGAGAUGAACACGGUGGGGGGGGU